AAUAUUUUAAAAUAAUAAUGAAAAAACACUGAAUUUAAUGUGUUUUUAAACUUCUCCAGACCUGCGGGCGGUGCUGCAGGAGUUAGCGGGGCUCUGUGAGAGGGUCAGCCGGGGGAGGAGCGCUUCACGGCGGUUGUUUGGCAACAAACUCCUCGGCGUCUAACGCUAAAGUCUGCGGGAGUGUGUGUGAGUGUUAGCUAACUAUGCUAAGCUAAACUAUGCUAAGCUAAGCUGAGCUGAGGUAAAUGUUAGUCAGUAAGAUAACCAAGCUAAGCUAAGCUAACGGCAGCAGCUGCUGCUUUCUCCGUUUUACCACAGUUAGCUAACUAGCUUAGCGAGUGUUUUAAUGACAUUUCUCCACAUUUGGAGGUUCGCCACCCAUUUUUAUCGUUAGUUAACGUUAUUAUUUAAUAGUUAAUUAGCUAGAUAGCUAGCUUCACCUGCUAAACUUGAAGAAUGAACGUCCCGAAAAGCGGCUACCGGGUUUUCUCCGCCAACUCUACCCCUGCCUGCACCGAACUUGCCAAGAAAAUCACAGAGCGCCUUGGAGUGGAGCUGGGGAAAUCUGUGGUCUACCAGGAGGCUAACACAGAAACCAGAGUCGAUGUCAAAGAGUCCGUCAGAGGCCAAUCCAUCUUCAUCAUCCAAACAAUUCCCAGAGAUGUGAACACAGCUAUCAUGGAGAUGCUGGUCAUGGCGUAUGCACUUAAAACCUCCUGUGCCAAAAACAUUAUCGGAGUUAUCCCAUACUUCCCUUACAGUAAACAGUGCAAGAUGAGGAAGAGAGGAUCCAUCGUGUGUAAACUUCUGGCGUCCAUGCUGGCCAAAGCAGGUUUGUCUCACAUCAUCACCAUGGACCUCCAUCAGAAGGAGAUCCAGGGGUUCUUCAGCUUCCCCGUGGAUAAUCUGCGCGCCUCCCCGUUCCUCCUACAGUACAUCCAAGAAGAGAUCCCCGACUACAGAAAUGCCAUUAUUGUUGCCAAGUCCCCUUCUGCUGCAAAGAGGGCUCAGUCGUACGCUGAGCGGUUGCGUUUGGGUCUGGCUGUAAUUCAUGGGGAGGCGCAGUGCUCUGAAUCCGACAUGGCCGACGGACGCCACUCCCCUCCCUGCGUCCGCAACACCAGCGGCCACCCCGGACUGGAGCUGCCAUGCAAGCAACAAGCUCCGUUCCCAGGCAUAGAGCUCCCAAUAAUGAUGGCCAAGGAGAAACCGCCCAUCACCGUGGUGGGAGACGUGGGAGGACGCAUCGCCAUCAUUAUCGAUGACAUCAUUGAUGACGUGGAGGAUUUUGUAGCAGCAGCGGAGAUCCUGAAGGAGAGAGGAGCGUAUAAGAUCUAUAUCAUGGCGACUCACGGCCUGCUGUCUGCUGACGCCCCGCGCCUCAUCGAGGAGUCCGCCAUCGACGAAGUGGUAGUGACCAACACCGUUCCUCACGAGGUGCAGAAGCUGCAGUGCCCGAAGAUCAAGACCGUGGACGUCAGCAUGAUCCUGGCCGAAGCGAUACGCCGCAUCCACAACGGCGAGUCCAUGGCCUACCUGUUCCGCAACAUCACUGUAGAUGAUUAGAGGACAGGUGGAGGUGAGGCUCCUCCCACUGUGAACCUUCUAACAGUGCCAAGUGUUUCUAAUAACACACCUUAAACCAGUUCAACAGUACAACAGUAAAAGUAGAAAAGCUUCAGGCCUAAAGCCAAUUUUACCCCAUUUACUCUUCUGCAGUCCCCAGUUUAUCUGCACUGCUUCCAAUGAGUGAGUUUACCUGCACUUCAUAAUCAUUUUAUAUUAUCUGAUUAUAAUCAGAUUACUGCUGUUAUCUCAUUAUUCAAGUUCAUUUAAACAUGUUAAUACUUAAAACUCAGAUUUUCUAAAAAUCUGAUUAAUAUCUGACUUUCAAUGUAAACUGUGACUGUUCCGAUUAUCUGAUUACCCAAGUUCAUGGAAAUGCAUUAACCGUAUUACUGUCUCAGAUGUUAUGUAGUAAUCAGAUUAUAAAAUGUUGCCAAAUAUCGGUAGAAUACAGACACAACACCAGUGUUCCACAGUAAUCUGAUUAUGAAAACGUGUUGAUCGAAUUUCUGACCGUAUUAACUUUGGUAUUAACUUUAAAAUCUGAUUAUCUUCUAUUAUCUGAUUAUAGAAGUUCAUGGUAAUGUUGUUCUGCAGUAAUCAGGUUAUAAAAAAAAGCAUAUAAACAUGUUAAUUGGAUUACAGACAGACAAUCUGAUUACUGCCUGACUCAUGUAAACAAUGAGUUUUCACGUUAUCUGAUUACCCAUGUUCAUGUAAAUGUGUUGAUUGGAUUUUUGCCCAUAUUAACUUUGACGUUUAACUUAAAUCUGAUUAUCUUCCAUUCUCUGAUUAUUGAUGUUCAUGUAGAUGUGUUGACACAGAUUGGCACAGAUUUGGAGUUGUGUGUGAACACCUUGAUCAGAUUAUUGACCGUAUUAACUUUAACAGUUUAGAAAAUCUGUUGUUCUACAGUAAUCAGAUUAUAAAAAAGCAUGUAAACAUGUUGAUUGGAUUACUGACAAAAUUGGAUGUUCUGAAAAUCUGAUUACUGUCCUGACUCAUGUUAUCUGAUUAUUGAUAUCCAUGUAAAUGUGUUGAACCGAUUACUGACGGUAUUAACUUCGAUAAAAUCUGAUUAUAUUGUUGGCUGAGUGCGUUAAUCGUAUUUCUGACGGACUCUGAUGAUAAAUUCUGCAGUAAUCAGAUUUUGAAGUGCAGGAAAACGCUCUGAUUGGCUGCAGCUGUACCUCCUGUAUGUCGUUCGAUUGCGUUCGUGUAUUUGAUUGUAGGCUGCACCGGCUCCUCUGUAUUUACCUGCUUAAAUAGAAUUCAGAAUCACAACAUUUCUAUACGAAGCACAUGAAGGAGUUUAAACACGCUGAGUUAUUCAUACUUUACUCAGCUUUAUUAACAUUAAUAAUCUAAUAAUCUAAUCCUCAAAUGAAGGAUCAGAUCAUCCUGUGUGUGAGCUCUAUAAAUAUUAAUAUGAAUAUAAAUAUAUAUGUUGUGUCUGUCCCGUCCCGUCAGUUGUUGCGCGUCAUCUGUUCGAUGUGUUAGAGUGUAUUUGCCAUUAAAAUUUUGAAACAGAUAAUUAAAAAUAUAUAUAUUUGCCACUAAAUUAGAUGCUUGUAGUGGAGGUGGGCAAUAAUGACAAAUAUAGGAUUAGAAUUAGAUUUAGGAUUGGUUCACACUGUGGUUUUGAUCUGUCACGAUAAAAUAUAUAUUAUUAUGAUAAACUAAUAUUAAUGUCAUGUUAAGACCAUUUAAAUGCUACUUAUAAUUACAAUAGUAGAGCAUAACAAAGCAAUUAUGCCCUUAUAAAUACAGCAAAUAUAGGUGAACAAACAUACAAAUAAACACAACAGAAGGAUAGAUAUCGCGAUUAUCAAAUAUUACUAAGGUAAUGUCUAUAUAUUGUACGAUAAAUCGAUAAUGUAAUUAUCGUGACAGGCCUAAGUAUAGUACAACGGGCAAAAAUGACAGACUAAAUCUGAUUUUUUUUCAUUUACUUUGAACAGAACAAAAAAAAAAAUCCUUUUAGCAUCAUAUGUAUAUAUAGAGGUAGUUUAUACAACCUGUAGUGUGUUCAUUAAGCAAUAAUUUGUACAUUUCUUGCUCAAUCUAACAUUUCCGUGAAUACACCCCCAAAAAUGAAGACACGCAAAAGAAUAUCCAUUAAAUGCACAUUUAUUUCCAGUUGCUUAAAUUUUAUUGGUAAGAUCAUUGUUAAAUAAAGAAUAAUAAGAGAUAAAAAAGUUAAUAAGUCUCAAAUGUGUGCAAUUACCAUAUAUACUCUAAAAGCCUGUAUUGUGUUUUCUCUGUGAGACUCAGACCAUGCAGAAAUUAUAUUGUAAAAACAAGAUCUAUCUCUGUCCUGGUGCCCACCUCUAUCUCGCGAGCAUGUCCAGCAAAAAAGUAAACCGACCCCUGCACUAGUGAAUGCUCACGCCUGCCUCUAAAUCGAGACUCGUUUCUUUAUUAACCCUUUAUUAAACCAAAGUGAGGUAAAAACCUGUGAAUUUAACAUCAGACAUUAAUAGUCGCGUGGUGUGGGCUGGCUUUGUGUUCAAUGUCUACAAUAUUUAUUUAAUUAUACAAACCAUAAUUAUCUAGUGAUGCUCCUUAAGAUAUGCCACCAUGCCUGAUCACAGUAAAAUAAAGGGAAAACGAAGGUUGUGUUCAGACUGCCAGAUUAAAUCAGAUUUUUGGCGUAAAUAGAUUGUUUGCAUAUAGAUUUUUGUUAGUCUGGACAGUCAAAAGCCACUUGAAAUCCAAAUUUUGGCGUGUCUAGAUUGUAUCCAGAGCAUGAAAUCCGAUUUAAGCUACGUUUUAAGGUUGUUUGAAAUGCGAAUAAAAUCAGAAUUGUAUAGAUGCGCAUCAGCUUGGAUGAUCAGAUCGGAUUUCAGUGUCUUUUUUUCAGUAAGAUACCACAGCAACCCACACAGAUACCACAGUAUACCACACUAUAGAUACCACAGCAGCCCUUACUGUAGAUACCACAGCAUCCCACACUAUAGAUAUCACAGCAACCCAUACAACAGAUACCACAGCAACCCAUACUACAGAGACCACAGCAACCCAUACUACAGAGACCACAGCAACCCAUACUACAGAGACCACAGCAACCCACACUAUAGAUACCACAGCAACCCAUUCUAUAGAUACCACAGCAACUUACCACAGAAACCACAUCAACCCAUACCACAUCAACCCAUACUACAGAUACCACAUCAACCCAUACUACAGAUACCACAGCAACCUACAUAGAUACCACAUCAACCCACACAGGUACCACAGCAACCCAUACUAGAGCUACCACAGCAACCCACACAGAUACUGCAGCCACUCUCAUACAUAUACAACAGUAACCCACACAGAUACUACAGGAACCACCAUACAGAUACCAGAGCAACCCACAAAGACACCGCAGAAACCAACGAGAUACCACAGCAAACCCACAAAGACACCACAGACACCAACAAGAUACCACAGCAACCCAUACACAGAUACCACAUCAACCCAUAUUAUAGAUACCCACGACCCAUACUAUAGACAGCACAGGGACCCACACAGACACUACAGCAACCAUCAUACAGAUACCACAGCGACCCACACAGAUACUACAGAAACAUAUAAAGAUGCUCUUGUGUUGUCUGGACACACAAAUCCGAUCUGAUCCGUGUAAACAGUGCAAUUAGUCUGAUCUGAGAAACAAAUCUGAUUUGUUCGCAGUCUGAACACAGCCUUUAAACUUGCUUUAAAAUCUCACGUUAAGUUUAUUUAAUCACUAGUACUAUUAAUUAAUAACUGUGUGAAUCCGAGCGUUUCCCCCGCAGUGUUCCCUCGUCCUGCUGCUGAAGUCCCUCUCUGUUCCUACCGCAGUGUCCCUCACCGUGUCCCCGUCCUGGCAUCCCCGUCCCCGUCCUCGCGUCCCUGUCCUUGCGUCCCCGUUUAUAACCCGUCGUUUCCGCUGGUGGACGUCCGUGGUUCACGUGGUUCAGUCCGACACUUGCGCGCCCGGCGCGUGAGUUGCUCCAGUGUCUCUAUGAGAGCGAUGGUGGUUGCUGUGGCAACCGUACUCAAAGCUGUAUUUGUUCCUAUUAUUAGAAUUAUUAUGAUUAUUAUUACUACAAUAAUUGUUGUUAUAGAGAGCAGUGCAGGUAUGCACUGCAUUUCAACAUUUUAGAAAAUAAAAGCAUAUUUUUGUUUUGUGUUUUUUUUGCUUGUGAUGUUACGUAUGUCAGUACUGUUGAUUUGCAACCAUAUUUUUGUAAAUAAAGGAAACUGCUUAAAAACUC